AUGCCUAGAAAAGUGUUCGUUGUUGGCGUCGGUAUGACCAAUUUUAUCAAGCCGAGCACAGGCCCCGACUACCCUGAGCUAGGCAAGGAGGCGGUGCUGGCGGCGCUCGCGGACGCCCGCAUCAAGUACGACGACGUCCAGCAAGCCGUGUGCGGGUAUGUGUUCGGGGACUCCACCUGCGGCCAGCGCGUGCUCUACCAGGUCGGCAUGACCGGCAUCCCCAUAUUUAACGUCAACAACAACUGCUCCACCGGCUCUAACGCCCUGUACCUUGCCAAAAAGUUCAUCGAAGGUGGGAUCUCAGACGUCGUACUAGCUGUAGGGUUCGAAAAAAUGGCUCCCGGAGCACUCGCCGCUGGCACCUUCAACGACAGGACCAAUCCCCUGGAUAGGCAUACUCUGAAAAUGGCAGAGAUGGCAGAGCUGUCAGCUGCACCCAUGACUGCUCAAUACUUUGGUAAUGCUGCUGCUGAGCACAUGAAGAAGUAUGGAACUACAGAGGUUCACCUUGCUAAGAUAGCCGCCAAGAACCACCGUCAUGGUGUAAAGAACCCCAGAGCUCAGGGUAAGAGGGAAUACACAGUAGAGGAAAUCUUAAAGUCUAGAAGGAUCUAUGGACCCCUCACUAAGUUGGAGUGCUGCCCCACAAGUGAUGGAGCUGGUGCUGCAGUCCUCAUGUCUGAGGAGGCUGUCAUCAAGUACGGGCUUCAAUCAAAGGCUGUUGAGAUUAUUGGUAUGGAGAUGGCUACUGACACCCCUGCUGUGUUCACUGAGAACAGUUUAAUGAAAGUGGCCGGCUAUGACAUGACUGGUAUGGCUGCCCAGCGCUUGUACCAAAACACUGGUAUUUCACCAAAACAGGUUGAUGUGGUGGAGCUCCACGACUGUUUCGCUGCCAAUGAAAUGAUAACCUAUGAAGGUCUCCAGUUAUGUGGAGUAGGUGAAGCAGGCAAGUUCAUUGAUGCUGGUGACAACACAUAUGGUGGCCGCGUUGUAGUGAACCCAAGUGGAGGUCUCAUAGCCAAGGGCCAUCCUCUAGGCGCCACCGGGCUGGCCCAGUGUGCUGAGCUAUGCUGGCAACUGCGAGGUGAAGCCGGAGAGAGACAGGUGCCGCGCGCCAAGAUCGCUCUACAACACAACCUUGGACUAGGAGGAGCAGUCGUCGUCACCAUGUACCGCAAAGGAUUCACUGACAUCACCCCCAAUGCGGUGGCCGUCGCUGGCAACCCAGAGGACUUCAAAGUCUUCAAAUACAUGAAGAUUCUUGAAGAGGCAAUGGAAAAUGACCCCGACAACCUCAUCGAGAAGGUCAGAGGCAUCUACGGCUUCAAGGUCAAGAACGGCCCCAGCGGCUCUGAGGGCUACUGGGUCAUCAACGCCAAGGAGGGCAAGGGCAAGGUGACCUACAACGGCUCCGACAAACCCGACGUGACCUUCACCGUCAGCGACGAGGACGUCGUCGACCUCAUCUCCGGCAAGCUCAACCCCCAGAAGGCUUUCUUCCAGGGCAAGAUCAAGAUCCAGGGCAACAUGGGCCUCGCCAUGAAGCUCACAGACCUGCAGAGACAAGCCGCCGGCAGGAUCGACUCCAUCCGCUCCAAACUGUAAAUGAUGACCAGUAGCGAACUGGUGCUAGUUUGUAUCUUGUGGUUACGGACUUGAGGUAGGGGUACUUUAUACUAAGCGAUCACACCAACUUUAUACUCGGUAUGACAAUGAGAGUCACAAAAUGACAGUCACGGUGCAAUAAAGGUUCAAUAUUACCUUUAA